AAUAAAAUAUUCUAAAUGUAAAUCUCUCUCCCUUUCUCGUCCCCCCUCCCGAAGCUCUCUCUACGCGAAACCCUCAUCGUGGUCAUCGAAGCUCGUCCUCAGCAGCCGUCGCUUGCCGAGCCCUAGCGCCGUCCCAGCCGCCAUUGUCGAGCCCUAGCGCCGUCUCAAGCCGCCCGCUUGUCGCCCGCGUGCCAAAGCUCGUCCAUCGCCACCGUUUAGCUCGCAGCCGCCGCUGGAUCCGUUUCGUCCAGCCAGCCCCUCAUCUUCGUCCGCGCCGCCCACGCCCUUUGUUUGCUCUGCCAGCCGCCGUUUGCGUGAGUCGCCGGAUUUUUUUUUUUAGUUUGCGGUUUAAGUAGAACUUUUUGAGGGAAGUAGCGCCUGUUCUAUGGUGUUGUUUCUUCUCUGACGACUUUUGGGUCAAUUCUUGAUUGCAUUAAGGGCGAAAGACUUAAUUGUUUGGAUUGAUUUUUGGGCUUAGUUUGAGGUAAGUAAUCUUAAUAAUGGAACUGCUGUGCCAGACGAUGAAAUUUAAGUUUUUGUUUGAAUUCUGAGGUUGUUGUAUAGAAUUGCAUGAGGACAAAUGAGUUGUUUUGAUUAUCUGUGAAAAUAUUAUGAAUGCUAGCAUGAACUUCAGUAUUGUUAUUCAUAUGAAUUUUUGAAUGAUUUAUGAGUAUGAUUAGACGUAUUUACAUGUUAUGGGACUAUGUCAUGAUGCAUGUGAUAUUUCAAUAGUAAUAGUUACCCUUACUGAUAUAGUUAAAUAUCUACUAGCGGUGGUGACCUCCUUCGAGGUUCACUAGAGGUUGUGUUUCCUUCGGGAUUCACUAGAGGUGCUAACCUCCUUUGGGGUUCACUAGAGGUGCUGACCUCCUUCAGGGUUCACCAAAGGUUGUGUUUUCUUCUGGAUUCAUUAGAGGUUGUGUUUCCUUCCGGAUUCAAUAGAGGUUGUGUUUCCUUCGGGAUUCACAAGAGGUUGUGUUUCCUUUGGGAUUCACCAGAGGUUGUAUAUCCUUCAGGAUUCACCAGAGGUUGUGGGUACUUUUAAACUACGGUAGGGUGGAUCCAAUCACUCAUUGAUUUAUUGCUCCAUGUUAACUAGAAGAUUGUGUUCCUUUCACUAGAAGAUGACAUUUAGAGGACAUAGAUGCCUAGCUUGACCGUGACAGUGGGGUUACUUACUGUGUAUUUUAUACUUAUCAUUUCUUAUGUUAUAUUUUUCAGGUAUGUCAUGAUGUAAAUACGUACUGGCUGAUUAUCUCAUGGAAAUUUUGCUAGAAACAAACAAAUAUAUACCUCAGUUCAGAGAUCUUAAAGGUUGAUAACUACGAGGAAGUUGACGGUCAUAUGGAUAUCAGGCUGAUUAGGCAUCUACUCCAUGGCUCAACCAACCAACCUGCCUUACCUCCCAAGACCAUGACAGUUAGACUUCAACCCUUCAAACGUGCAGCAAAAAGAAGACGUGUCGAAGAUUCUGAUAAUGAACAUAGCGAUGAUGCUUCCAUAAACGAGCAAGAAUCAGAAGUAGAGCUAGCCUGCCUUGACCUAAACUUGCCUCUUCCUACCCUAACUUUGUCUUCACCAAUCAAUGACCCAAUUGAUCCAACGCAUCAAACUGAAACGCAUGAGGAUCAAGUUGGUGAGACUCACAACCCCUGCUUUUCUCCUCCAAGAUCCCUAAUAUUGUCCUCCUUCAUCCCUCCAACAACCGUUUAUGAACCAACUGGGUUGGGAACAAGCAACACCCAACAUACAAAAGACCCAAUUGGGGAAACACAAGAAACCCAACAAAUCCCUAUCACUGCAGCCUCACCUCCAACACAAGCCAACAUGGAUGAGCUAAAAAAGUUCAUUCAAGACCAAUUCAAACCAUUGACCGCAUCCAUGGAAGCACUUCACAUGCAGUUGGCAACAUUACAACGCCAGAAUGUAGUGUUAAGGGGUUGCAUGUGCCAACAUACGCAAAGAAGCCAUGACCAGUUUAACUUCACAAUUCAGUAUAUCCACUAGGUCCUGAUGGGGACGUUCGCAUUGCCUCCUUUGCCAACCCACUUGGUUAAUCCCCUACGAUUCGUGGAUGAAGACUCUGCAUCUGAACACAGGGAUGAUGCGCCAGCGCAAUAAAGAUUUGGGGGUGUUAGCUUGUAUUUUGUUGUUUUAAUUACUCUUUUGUAAGUGUUAGUUUUUUUUUAUUAUUCCAAUGCAUUCUCCUCUAUAUUACUGAAUAAAAUAUUUAUCAAUUUUUAUC